AACAAAGGUGGAUCAACUGCAAAGAAUGAGGCAUGCUUACGACAGAAGUUGCGAGAACUAGGAAAACUACUGAUCACUGGCAGAAAAGUUGCAUCUCUGAAGACAAUGGAAGAUUUUAUACAUCCUCAAAACUACAUGAAGAUGGUUCAAGCUGUCAGACAUACAUGUGGAUAUGAUAGUGAAGCCAACACAUACAAAACUCCUUCUCUGGCAAAGAAACUUGGAAUAAGCCUGAUGAAGCUCAGCAAACUCGUGAAAGCUCAAGCUUUGAUUGCGAAAGACCACUGCUUGGCACAGAAGCUCAGUAACUUCCAAGAAAUACAUAAAGAACGGUGGUGUGAACUGAUCUCAGCAACAGCAGCACGAAAUCUUGAGGAGUCAAAGUGGAAUGCCCCCACAGUGUUGCCUUUUACAGAAGAUGUGCAAAAACUUCAUGCAUUUCUCAAUAAAAUGCAGGAUGAAUUGAUCAAGCAGUUAUCAGCAGAGCCCACAUCAAAAUACUGGUCUGAUCUUGCAAAGGUCGCUUUGACUCAGAUCAUGCUCUUUAACCGUCGUAGAGAGGGAGAGGUAUCGUGUAUGCUCCUAUCCGCUUUCUUAUCCAGGGACACCAGUGAUCCACAUGAUGACAUAGAUUGGGCCCUCUCCGAAGUUGAGAAAAAACUCUGCAGGCACUUCUCCAGAAUUGUGAUCAGAGGAAAAAGAGGACGUCCAGUUCCUAUUCUGCUGACCCCUAAAAUGCUGAAUGCAGUAGAGUUGCUUGUGAAGAACAGGGAGACUUGUGGAGUGCUGAAAGACAAUGUUUAUCUCUUUGCUCGGCCAUCAGCAAUGUCACAUUACAGAGGCUCAGAUUGUAUCCGCAGCUUUGCAAAGUCUUGUAAUGCAAAUAGUCCUGAUGCACUGACAUCCACAAAACUGCGAAAACAUGCUGCCACUCUUUCUACAGUUCUAAACUUGAAGGACACAGACAUGGAUCAGUUAGCAAACUUCCUGGGACAUGACAUCAGAAUUCAUAGGGAGUUCUAUCGCCUUCCUGAAAAGACCCUCCAACUUGCAAAAGUCAGCAAAGUUCUUAUGGCAUUAGAACAAGGGAGACUUGGAGACUUCAAGGGCAAGAAUUUGGAUGAGAUCAGUAUUGACCCAAAUGGUAUAUAACAGUCUUUGUGUUUUUUAUUUUUAUUAUCCAGUCAAUUAUUCACUCAUUCACAAUGACACAACAGUACAGAUGUUUUAAUGUUGUGAUCUACAAGUCUUAUUAAUUUACUUUUUGUCAAUACAUUGUUCUUUUUGCAGAGGAGAUGGAGCUAAUUGAUGAUGAUGAUGAAAGAAGAAGUGAGGAAGAGGAUGAAAAAUAUGAAGAACUUGGAGCAAUGCAGGAGGAGUCACCAGAAGCAACCCGAGUAACACCACUUGACACUGCACUUAUGUCCCUGCCAGAGAAGAAGAAUUCACCUCAGAUACCUUCUGUUAAAGGUAAAACAUCUGCACAGAAAAGAAGAAAAGCUUGGGAAGUGACAGAGAUCCAGGCUGUGGAAAGACACCUGAAAAACUUUAUCACUUCAUGCCGUGUCCCAGGGAAGGCAGCCUGUGAGAAGUGCAUAAGAGCUGAGUCUUCAGCACUUAAAAACAGAGAUUGGCAGAGUGUUAAAUUCUAUGUUCACAAUCGCAUUGUGGCUUACAAGAGAGAUGUAAGCCACAAAGUGUAAUUUUUUUUUCUUCUGAAAAAGAUGUAAAUACACCAAU